AUGGCCCUGCCCGUAUCUGUGCUGGUCACAAUGACCAGCAGCACCCAGGCACAGAGACAACAAGAGCUUAACACCCAGGAAGAUGUGAGUACAAUACCAGGGGAGGAUGCCCCUUCAGAUGCCACCACAAAGAGGAAAGCAGCAGGGUCUAAUCGUGGCAGGGGGGACCUCGAAGAGGAUGCCCCUUCAGAUGCCACCACAAAGAGGAAAGCAGCAGGGUCUAAUCGUGGCAGGGGGGACCUCGAAGAGGAUGCCCCUUCAGAUGCCACCACAAAGAGGAAAGCAGCAGGGUCUAAUCGUGGCAGGGGGGACCAUGAAGAGGAUGCCCCUUCAGAUGCCACCACAAAGAGGAAAGCAGCAGGGUCUAAUCGUGGCAGGGGGGACCUCGAAGAGGAUGCCCCUUCAGAUGCCACCACAAAGAGGAAAGCAGCAGGGUCUAAUCGUGGCAGGGGGGACCUCGAAGAGGAUGCCCCUUCAGAUGCCACCACAAAGAGGAAAGCAGCAGGGUCUAAUCGUGGCAGGGGGGACCUCGAAGAGGAUGCCCCUUCAGAUGCCACCACAAAGAGGAAAGCAGCAGGGUCUAAUCGUGGCAGGGGGGACCUCGAAGAGGACGCCCGCCCUGGCACGGCUGUCACGUCAGCAGCACAACAUAUGAUACAGAGAAAACACGAUAUGGCACAAGCUCCAGUGGUUCUCUCCGAUUCCAAGUAG